CUGCGCAUGAAUCAGUUUACAAAUUAUUUUCAAGAGAAAAAGAUGAAUAAGAUUUUACCUGUUUUAAUAUUUACCAUUCUUCAAACUUCAAAAGUAUUUAGUGAUUCUGAACCAAUACAGAAAGCAUGUGGCUACAUGAGCAGCAUUGGAUCAUGUGAUGAUGAGUAUACACUUAAAUACUUUUAUCAUCCAGAACAUGGUGAUUGCAGUAGAUUUUGGUAUGGAGGAUGUGGUGGAAAUUUAAAUCGUUUUGACACAGAAGAAAAAUGUAUAUCAACUUGCAUUAAUCCAAUUGGACGUGCUGUUUGUAAUUUACCAAAAGUUCGAGGUCCUUGUACACAAAAUCACAGAAUGUAUUACUUUGAUAGCGAUGAAAAGCAAUGCAAAGUUUUCAAUUACGGUGGUUGUCUUGGAAAUUCUAAUAGAUUUGAAAGUAUGAAUGAAUGUCAUUUGAAAUGUGAGGAAGCCGAAGAAAAUGACAUGCCAAGACAUGUUGGUGAAAGGGCUCAAAAAAGUGCUGCUAAAAGUCAGCUUCAAAUUGCCGAUGACUGUAGAGAUAAUCCCAAUUUUGCUAAAUGUGCGGACGUCAUAAGGAGAAAUUAUUGCGAUCAUGUUUACAUUACUAUUAUUAUUAUUACUAUUAUUUAUUAUUGCAUUACGAUUAUGUAG